AUGGACAUAAAGUGUGUAGUUCUAACCUUCACUGUUAUAGCUACAGCAACAUGUUUGCCUAACCCAACAAACAGAAAGGCCGGAAAUGUCCGGGCCAAUAAUAACGACUGUCCACCAUUACCCCGGUCCUGUCCCACUCAGUGCUAUGCAAUUAGCUCUACUGGAUGUAUCAUCUGCCAAUGUCCUAAAUCUCAAGGGUCGUCUUCAUCAAAUUCCAGUCACACCGCAGCAGGGGGCUCCUCUUCCGCCGGAAACAACAACGGAUGUCCGCCAUUCCCAUCACAAUGUGACCCUAAUUGCCUUUCUUUAGACAGCAUUGGAUGCCCUAUCUGCUCUUGUUCAACAAACCAUCAAUCAUCCUCACAAAACUCAACAAGUUCUGGUGGAGCUGGAAGUGCGCCGAAAGUUAACGGAUGUGCUCCUUUUCCAAAGGGCUGCAGCGCAGACUGUGCACACAUCGACUCCAUGGGGUGUAUAAUCUGUGCCUGUCAGACAGGUGGAUCAGGACACACAAGUAACGGUACAUCUUCUGCCUCCUCCUCCUCCACCCAGACCUAUCAGGGGAACAGUAAUGGAUGUCAGCCCUUCCCCAAGAACUGCCGUCCAGAGUGCGCCGCAGUAGACGCCCGAGGGUGCAUCGUCUGUCAGUGUCCCACUUCAGGUUCUAACAACUCAACAUCUACCUCCGCACAGACAACCAGUUCCGGUGGAAAUGGAAUUAACGGAUGUCCACCAUUUCCAAAGAACUGCGACUCCUCGUGUGUAUCUUUGGAUGAUAUGGGAUGCGUCGUUUGUACUUGUUCAGUUUCCAAUAACAAUAAAACACAGACUGGUGUUCACCAGAUCGGAAAUUACGUCAACACACAAGGUCAAGGUUCAGCAGGAAACGGAAAUGGAUGCCCUGCAAUAGAUCCAAAAUGUCCAGCUCAUUGUACUUCUGUUGACAGUCAGGGAUGUGUUCGCUGUACCUGUCAGACAGGUUCGACGUCUUCAUCCACCUCACAAUCCGGAUCUGUCUCAAACAGCAACGCUGGAGGGUGUGCAUCAAUACCUAAGAACUGUCAGCUCAGUUGUUUAAAUAUCGACGCUAGUGGAUGUGUUAUCUGCGCAUGUCCUGCUGGUAAGAUUCGAAUUGGCUUUGGAAGCACGUGUCCACCAUAUAACGCAGACGACUGUGAUGACGUAUGUAAGGUGACAGACACACAUGGCUGUCCUAUUUGCGACUGCUCACAUCACUUGGGUUUUACUACCACCCCGCCCAGUCCAAACACAGGAGGGGUUCCGGGAGCCGGAGGGUGCCCUGCUUUUGACUUCAGUAAAUGUGAUCCCGCAUGUGUAUCUAUGGAUAAUAAUGGAUGUUUGACCUGUACAUGCUCAGCAAGCACAGUGUCAUCUGGCGGUCAAACCACAACACCUGGGUCUGUAACCAGUGUACCUGGAGCUGGAGGGUGCCCUCCCUUUGACUUCAGUACAUGUGAUCCCACAUGUGUUGUUAUGGAUAGUCAAGGAUGCAUGUCUUGUCAUUGUGCUGCGACAACACAAGCGCCUUCUGGAGGACAUUCGAAUACCACCUCAGGAACGGUAACUAGUGUUCCUGGAGCUGGAGGUUGUCCUUCCUUUGACUUCAGUACUUGUGAUCCCAAGUGUGUCGUCAUGGAUGGUCAAGGAUGUUUAUCCUGUAACUGUGCAGUGACAAUGGCGCCAUCUGGAGGACAAUCUAGUACAACAGGGACAGUAACUAGUGUUCCUGGUGCCGGCGGAUGUCCUUCCUUUGAUUUCAGUACAUGUGAUCCACAUUGUGUUGUUAUGGACGCUCAAGGCUGUAUGACAUGCCAAUGUGCAGUAACAACUGCAGUGCCAUCUGGGGGUAAUUCUAAUAAUACGUCAGGAACGGUAACCAGUGUACCUGGGGCUGGCGGUUGCCCAUCGUUUGAUUUCAGUACCUGUGACCCUAACUGCGUUGUAAUGGAUGGACAAGGUUGUCUUUCAUGCCAGUGCAAGGCGACUACAGUUGUUCCUAGUAAUAAUUCUACGUCAGCAGUGACGUCAGUUCCAGGAGCGGGAGGUUGCCCUUCUUUUGAUUUCAGUAAAUGUGACCCAAAUUGUGUUGUCAUGAAUGAGCAGGGCUGCAUGACAUGUCAAUGCAAAGGAACAACAGCAGCACCCUCUGGGGGUCAAUCAACAACAACAGGAGCUGUGACAAGCGUUCCCGGAGCUGGCGGAUGUCCGUCUUUUGAUUUCAGUACAUGUGACCCCAACUGUGUAGUAAUGGACGGACAAGGUUGUUUGUCCUGUCAUUGUUCAGCUUCAACUACAGUGCCACCUGUUACAACCAAAUCGCAAUCUGGGCAUACUACUCAGCAGCCAGGAACGACAACUGCUGUCCCAGGCGCUGGUGGAUGUCCUUCUUUUGACUUCAGCACAUGCGAUCCAAACUGUGUUGUCAUGGAUUCCCGUGGAUGUCUCUCAUGUUCUUGUGCUGUAACCACCACAGCCUCUUCAGGAUCCAGCACAGCCUCAGUUACUUCAGUUCCUGGAGCAGGCGGGUGUCCCUCAUUCGAUUUCAGCAAAUGUGAUCCAAAUUGUGUUGUCAUGGACGCUCAGGGCUGCAUGACCUGCUCUUGCUCAGUGACUGCUGUCCCUGCAAAUGGUAAACAGACUAAAAGACCAACCAUUUUUCAAACAACCUACACACCCCGGCCUACCACCACAACGACAACCACUCCCCGACCCACCACCAGUACAACUACACGAAGAGUCAUAACUACGCAUGCUCAAACAACCACUACCGGUGGAGUUACAUGUCCUGCCAUAAGAUGUACUUAUCCCUGCGAUGCAGGAGUAACAUUUAAUGCUCAGGGUUGUCCUAUUUGUAAAUGUAGAACUUCUAGCACAAAGUCACCAUGAUUUGUUUGUAUUUAUAUAA